AUGAUGAUGUUCCUCAGAAUGCUCCGGUCUGCCUCUCUGAUAGUUCUGCUCAUGAUCUCAGGAAUCUGUGAUGCUCAGUAUGGAUGGUGGGUGACUUACACUUCAAAUUAUAUCUGUGCUCUAAAAGGAUCUACAGUGAUUAUGGGCUGCACUUACGAAUACCCAUCUAGUUACACAGUUCAAACACCUUUCUGGAGUAAAGGGAAGGUUCCCCCUGGUGAAGACCCUCCUCAUCUGGCUUCAGACCCGGAGUACAGCGGUAUUCAGGUGGACGGUCCAGAGACAGUAAAAGAAGGAACUGCAGUAACUCUCACAUGUAAAACAACCUGCACACUGACUGAUAAUCCAUCAAUCACCUGGUACAGAAAUCAACAUAAAAAACAAACCACCUACACCGACACCUCCGAUCUUCAUCUGCAGCCAGCCAGGAUGGAGGAUGGAGGUCGUUAUCAGUGUUCUGUAGGAGAUCAUCUCUCCUCUGCUGUGACUCUUAAUGUAGGAUAUCCUCCAAAAAGUGUCUCAGUGUCCGUCAGUCCUCCAGGUGUAAUAAUGGAGGGAAGUUCAGUAACUCUGACCUGCAGCAGUGAUGCUAAACCAGCCGCCUCGUAUCAGUGGUAUAAAGAAAAAGACCUCAAAGCAUCAGGAGAAACUUUAACAAUCCACAAGAUCAGAUCUGAUGAUGGAGGAGAAUAUAAAUGUCGAGUCUGGAAUGAACACGGAGGUCAAGAGUCCAGCAUCAUAGAUAUUGAUGUUCACUAUCCUCCAAAAAACGUCUCAGUGUCCGUCAGUCCUUCAGGUGAAAUAAUGGAGAACAGUUCAGUAACUCUGACCUGCAGCAGUGAUGCUAAACCAGCCGCCUCGUAUUACUGGUAUAAAGGAAAAGACCACAAAGCAUCAGAACAAAAGUUUAUAAUCCCUGAGAUCAGAUCUGAUGAUGGAGGAGAAUAUAAAUGUCGGGUCUGGAAUGAACACGGAUAUCAGGACUCCACUGCUGUAAAUAUUGAUGUUCACUAUCCUCCGAGGAACGUCUCAGUAUCCGUCAGUCCUUCAGGUGUAAUAACGGAGGGAAGUUCAGUAACUCUGACCUGCAGCAGUGAUGCUAAACCAGCCGCCUCAUAUCACUGGUUUAAAGGAACGAGCUACAAAGCAACAGGAGAAACUUUUAUAAUCCACAAGAUCAGAUCUGAUGAUGGAGGAGAAUAUAAAUGUCGGGCCAGGAAUGAACACGGAGGUCAAGACUCCAGCAUCGUAGAUAUUGAUGUUCACUAUCCUCCAAAAAACGUCUCAGUGUCCGUCAGUCCUUCAGGUGUAAUAAUGGAGAACAAAUCAGUUACUCUGACCUGCAGCAGUGAUGCUAAACCAGCCGCCUGGUAUCACUGGUAUAAAGGAACAACCAACAAAGCAUCAGGACAAACGUUUACAAUCCCUGAGAUCAGAUCUGAUGAUGGAGGAGAAUAUAAAUGUCGGGUCUGGAAUGAACACGGAGAUCAGAACUCUACUGCUGUAAAUAUUGAUGUUCACUAUCCUCCAAGGCACGUCUCAGUGUCCGUCAGUCCUUCAGGUGAAAUAACGGAGGGAAGUUCAGUAACUCUGACCUGCAGCAGUGAUGCUAAACCAGCCGCCUGGUAUCACUGGUUUAAAGGAACGAGCUACAAAGCAACAGGAGAAAUUUUUACAAUCCACAAGAUCAGAUCUGAUGAUGGAGGAGAAUAUAAAUGUCGGGUCUGGAAUGAACACGGAGAUCAGAACUCUACUGCUGUAAAUAUUGAUGUUCACUGGACUCCGGGUGCAGCUCUAUAUGCAGCAGGUGGAGUUAUAGCCGGAUGUUUGUUAGCCAUCAUCAUUAUAAUUGUACUCAUCAGAAGAAAGAAGAGAGCCGACCAAGCCAACGAUGCUGAUUUAAAUCAGGCAGGUCAUCAUAAUGCUGAUCUAUCUUUAACAUUCAUUAUUUUUGCUCGUGUUUUAACUAAAGUUUCCCAACAUGUUGCCUCUUUCCUGGACGUAGGAGAACCUGUACAGCACCGUGGCCGCGACCGGUACUCUUCUGGCUCGGCGGGGACUGAAGAAGCUCAGUACGCUGCUAUCAAGCCUCGACGUGACAGACGGGCAGAAGAGAGUCAGCAGGAGGAGAAUCAGUACGACAACGUCAGAUUUACUCGCAGGUCUCCCACUUCCACAGAGGAAGAUCUGUCAGUUAUCUACAGCAGUGAUGCAGUGAUGAUGAUGUUCCUCAGAAUGCUCCGGUCUGCCUCUCUGAUAGUUCUGCUCAUGAUCACAGGUCUUCAGGUGGAGGUUCCAGAGACAGUAAAAGAAGGAGCUGCAGUAACUCUCACAUGUAAAACAACCUGCAGCCUCCCUAAUAAUGCAACAUUCACCUGGUACAGAAAUCAACAAGAACUACAAACCACAACCACCUACCACUACUACCCCUACUACUACACCGAGCUUUAUCUGCAGCCAGUCAGGAUGGAGGAUGGAGGUCGUUAUCAGUGUGCUGUAGGAGAUCAUCGCUCCUCUGCUGUGACUCUUAAUGUAGGAUAUCCUCCAAAAAACGUCUCAGUGUCCGUCAGUCCUUCAGGUGUAAUAAUGGAGGGAAGUUCAGUAAAUCUGACCUGCAGCAGUGAUGCUAAACCAGCCGCCUCGUAUCAGUGGUUUAAAGAAACAACCAACAAAGCAACAGGAGAAACUUUUACAAUCCACAAGAUCAGAUCUGAUGAUGGAGAAGAAUAUAAAUGUCUGGGCUGGAAUAAACACGGAUAUCAGAACUCUACUGCUGUAAAUAUUGAUGUUCACUAUCCUCCGAGGAGCGUCUCAGUGUCCGUCAGUCCUUCAGGUGAAAUAACGGAGGGCAGUUUGGUGACUCUGACCUGCAGCGCUGUUUCUAACCCCCCUGUGGAGAACUACACCUGGUAUAAAGAACAAACCUAUAAAGGAAGUGGAGAAACCCUCACUGUUAGGAACAUCAGCUCUGAGGAUGGUGGAGAGUACAAGUGCAGGACCAGCUAUAAGAACCAGUUUAAAUCCUCUGAUCCUGUAGCUGUAAAGGUUUUGUAUCCUCCUAAAAGAGUCUCGGUGUGGGUCAGUUCCUCUGCUGAACCUGAUCAGAGCGGUUUAGUGAAUCUGACCUGCAGUGCUGAUGCUGACCCCCCUGUGGAGAGCUACGUCUGGUAUAAAGAAGGUGGAAGCUCAGCUGUAGGAUCUGGACAGAGUUACGGCGCUCGGCCGGGUGAAUCCUACUACUGCCGGGCUCAGAAUAAACUCGGGCAGCAGACGGGGGCGGCGCUGUUCGUUACCCUGAACGGUGGGACUCCGGGUGCAGCUCUAUAUGCAGCAGGUGGAGUUAUAGCCGGAUGUUUGUUAGCCAUCAUCAUUAUAAUUGUACUCAUCAGAAGAAAGAAGAGAGCCGACCAAGCCAACGAUGCUGAUUUAAAUCAGGCAGGUCAUCAUAAUGCUGAUCUAUCUUUAACAUUCAUUAUUUUUGCUCGUGUUCGUGGGACUGAAGCUCGUUUUGCUCGUGCUCGUGGGACUGAAGAAGCUCAGUACGCUGCUAUCAAGCCUCGACGUGACGGACGGGCAGAACAGAGUCAGCAGGAGGAGAAUCAGUACGACAACGUCAGAUUUACUCACAGGUCUCCCACUUCCACAGAGGAAGAUCUGUCAGUUAUCUACAGCAGUGAUGCAGUGAUGAUGAUGUUCCUCAGAAUGCUCCGGUCUGCCUCUCUGAUAGUUCUGCUCAUGAUCUCAGUUGUUGAUGCUCAGUAUAGAUGGGGUGUGACUUACACUCCAAAAUCUAUCUGUGCUCUAAACGGAUCUACAGUGAUCCUGAGCUGCACUUACAAAUACCCACGUGAUUACACAGUUCAAACAGUUUUCUGGAGUAAAGAGCUGGUGGCCCAUGGUGUAGAGCCUCCUGAUCUGGCUUCAGACCCGGAGUACAGAGGUAGAGUUCAGUAUAUCGGAGAAAAGAAUGACUGCACUCUCAAACUGUCUGAUGUGACAGAAAAAGACCAAAGGAGAUAUUACUUCAGAUUUAUAACUGAUCAACCUGGAGGAAAGUAUCAAGGUGCAGAUGGAGUUGAGCUUCACAUUACAGGUCUUCAGGUGGAGGUUCCAGAGACAGUAAAAGAAGGAGCUGCAGUAACUCUCAGAUGUAAAUCAACCUGCACACUGACCUAUACUCCAUCAUUCACCUGGUACAGAAAUCAACAACAACUACAAACCACAACCACCUACCACUACUACUUCUACUCCUACUACUACACCGAUCUUCAUCUGCAGUCAGUCAGGAUGGAGGAUGGAGGUCGUUAUCAGUGUGCUGUAGGAGAUCAUCGCUCCUCUGCUGUGACUCUUAAUGUAGAAUAUCCUCCAAAAAACGUCUCAGUGUCCGUCAGUCCUUCAGGUGAAAUAAUGGAGGAAAGUUCAGUAACUCUGACCUGCAGCAGUGAUGCUAAACCAGCCGCCUCGUAUCAGUGGUUUAAAGGAACGAGCUACAAAACAUCAGGAGAAACGUUUACAAUCCACAAGAUCAGAUCUGAUGAUGGAGGAGAAUAUAAAUGUCAGGCCUGGAAUGAACACGGAGAUCAGAACUCCACUGCUUUUGUUUUACCUCUAGAUCCUCCGAGGAACGUCUCUGUGUCCGUCAGUCCUUCAGGUGAAAUAACGGAGGGCAGUUCGGUGACUCUGACCUGCAGCGCUGUUUCUAACCCCCCUGUGGAGAACUACACCUGGUAUAAAGAACAAACCUAUAAAGGAAGUGGAGAAACCCUCACUGUUAGGAACAUCAGCUCUGAGGAUGGUGGAGAGUACAAGUGCAGGACCAGCUAUAAGAACCAGUUUAAAUCCUCUGGUCCUGUAGCUGUAAAGGUUUUGUAUCCUCCUAAAAGAGUCUCUGUGUGGGUCAGUUCCUCUGCUGAACCUGAUCCGAGCGGUUUAGUGAAUCUGACCUGCAGUGCUGAUGCUGACCCCCCUGUGGAGAGCUACAUCUGGUAUAAAGAAGGUGGAAGCUCAGCUGUAGGAUCUGGACAGAGUUACGGCGCUCGGCCGGGUGAAUCCUACUACUGCCGGGCUCAGAAUAAACUCGGGACGCAGACGGCGGCGGCGCGGUUCGUUACCUCGAUCGGGACUCCGGGUGCAGCUCUAUAUGCAGCAGGUGGAGUUAUAGCCGGAUGUUUGUUAGCCAUCAUCAUUAUAAUUGUACUCAUCAGGUCAGGACAAUCUCGUAGGUGUUUGGGGAGAGCAUUCCAUAAAGAUGGAGCAGCUAUGGAAAUAAAUCAGGAGAACCUGUACAGCACCGUGGCCGCGACCGGUGCUGAGAACGAUCGUGCUGAUCCAGAGGAAUCCAGUCAGGACGAAGUUCAGUACGUCACAAUCGUGCAUCGAUCACGGAACGACCCGGCGAAAGCUUCCGGCUCGGCGGGGACUGAAGAAGCUCAGUACGCUGCUAUCAAGCCUCGACGUGACAGACGGGCAGAACAGAGUCAGCAGGAGGAGAAUCAGUACGACAACGUCAGAUUUACUCGCAGGUCUCCCACUUCCACAGAGGAAGAUCUGUCAGUCAUCUACAGCAGUGAUGCAGUGAUGAUGAUGUUCCUCAGAAUGCUCCGGUCUGCCUCUCUGAUAGUUCUGCUCAUGAUCUCAGGAGUCUGUGAUGCUCAGGCUGGAUGGGAGCUGCUUGAAGAUGGUGAAGAGCAUCCUGAUCUGGCUUCAGACCCGGAGUACAGAGGUAGAGUUCAGUACGGAGACAACAACAACUGCACUCUCAAACUGUCUAACGUUACCGAAAUAGACCAAAGGAAAUAUUACUUCAGAUUUAUAACUGAUCAACCUGGAGGAAAGUAUCAAGGUGCAGGUGGAGUUCAGCUUCACGUUACAGGUCUUCAGGUGGAGGGUCCAGUGAAAGUGACUGAAGGAGCUGCAGUAACUCUCAGAUAUCCUUCAAAAAACAUCUCAGUGUCCGUCAGUCCUUCAGGUGAAAUAAUGGAGGGAAGUUCAGUAACUCUGACCUGCAGCAGUGAUGCUAAACCAGCCGCCUCGUAUCACUGGUAUAAAGGAACGAGCUACAAAGAAUCAGGAGAAACUUUUACAAUCCACAAGAUCAGAUCUGAUGAUGGAGGAGAAUAUAAAUGUCGGGCCUGGAAUAAACACGGAUAUCAGUACUCUACUGCUGUAAAUAUUGAUGUUCACUAUCCUCCGAGGAGCGUCUCAGUGUCCGUCAUUCCUUCAGGUGAAAUAACGGAGGGCAGUUCGGUGACUCUGACCUGCAGUGCUGAUGCUGACCCCCCUGUGGAGAACUACACCUGGUAUAAAGAAGGUGGAAGCUCAGCUGUAGGAUCUGGACAGAGUUACGGCGCUCGGCCGGGUGAAUCCUACUACUGCCGGGCUCAGAAUAAACUCGGGGAGCAGACGGCGGCGGCGCUGUUCGUUACCCUGAACGGUGUCAGCGUUUACUCUGUAGGUCCCGCCUCCUCUCACGCAUGA